AUGACAGCCCCCUCCUCAUCCACAUCUGCUCUCGCGCCCCUCUUACCGCCAUAUCUGUAUGAGCUCUCGCCUACCAUUCAUAAAUGGUGUGCGUUGCGCUGUGCGGAUAUCGUUUCUUUGACUACGAGGGGGGUUUAUUUUGAAGAUAAACUAAUCCACCACUACCUCAACCACCCCAUCCGCUACAUAAAACUGAUCGGGCUCAUCGUCUCCAUCGAUACCUUUGCCCGUCGUCGCGUCUACACCAUCGAUGACUCAAGCGGUAAUGCGUUGCACUCCUACCUCUCCCUCCCUCGGGAGCUCCUUCAAAUUCCCAUCCUCCUCCCAGCACCCGUCCAUCACCACCCCCAAAUUCCCUGGAACGACAUCUCCGAAUGCAAAGUCGUGCGGAUUCUGGGGAUCAUAGGGUCUUAUAUGCAAGUGCCGCAAUUGCAGAUUGUGAAGAUGGGGAUAGUGGGGAGUACGGAUGUGGAGAGGAAAUGGUGGGAUGAGUGUCGAGAACUUAAAGAUCCGGAGAGGGGGAUACUGGGAAGAGAGUGGGUGGUAGGAAGGGAGGAGAUGGAGAGGUGGAGGAGGAGGGAGAGGAGGAGGAAGGCGAGGGAGGAGGAGAAGAGGGGUGGGAGGAGAGAUGGGCGAGCGGUGAAGAUGAAGAGUGGGAGUGGGAGAAGAGAGGAUACCGAGAAAGUCGAAGAAAAGCGCGAGCUGGCGAGGAAGAAAUUAGCAAAUUCCCAACCAUUCAACUCCAACCCCACCCCUUCCCGCCCUCCCCACGAAACCUCCCCCAACAAACCUCUCCUCCGCCCGCCCAUCAAAAAGAGAUUCAUUCCCACUAUCCUCCCCGACCUAUCCAACUACGAUACGUUUGGCUACUAA